ACAGACAGCUGAGAGUGAAACAGCCGUGUGUGCGUGUGUGUGUGUGUGUGUGUGUGUUUGGUGCUUGAAAUUCAGACGCGCUGCACGGCGUCUCGUCCCGAAACCCAAGACGACAACCAAGAAGAGUCACUUGGAUUACUGUCAGCGGCUCUAAAGCCCGAACACAUUUGAUUUUUUCCAAGAAAACUUGCUGGUGCUUUUUCUCUGUUAGGGCACAGGCAAAACCAUCGCAUUUUCACCUUUUAAAAGCAGCAGUCUUCUCGGAAGGGGCCGCACCUUCAUCUGAACAUCAUCCAGUGAUCAUGCAGGAUUGAGGAGACUGAAUCCUGUCGGUGAACCUGGUCUGAAGAUCUACAUGAUCUUCUGGACGUGACGAUCUACCAAGGUUGCAGAGCAGAAGAGAUCAAGGAAGACUGGAAGUUAAGCGAAGAAGCGGACGAAGGAAGGAAGGGGUUGGUUGGACUGGCUGAAGGGGGAAACCGAAGGGCUGGAUGCAAGCCUUUAUUCAUUCUAGAAAUUCCCAGGUUCCUCAGAGAUGGCCACCAACUUCAAUGACAUUGUCAAGCAGGGCUAUGUCCGCAUGCGGAGCAGGAAACUGGGGAUCUAUCGGCGCUGCUGGCUGGUGUUUAAGAAGUCGUCCAGUAAAGGACCUCGCAGACUGGAAAAAUACCCUGAUGAGAAGUCAGCCUACAUCAGAGCCUGUCCUAAGGUGACAGAGAUCAGUAACGUCAAGAACAUCACAAGAUUGCCUCGUGACACAAAGCGGCAAGCCGUGGCCAUCGUCUUUACAGAUGACACCUCUCGAACCUUCACCUGUGAAUCAGAGCUGGAGGCCGAAGAGUGGUUUAAGACCUUGUCUAUCGAGUGCCUGGGGACGCGUCUUAAUGACAUCAGUCUUGGAGAACCAGACCUCCUGGCUGCUGGAGUUCAGUGUGAACACACAGAGCGCUUUAACGUGUUCCUGUUGCCCUGCCCUAAUCUUGACAUCUACGGGGAGUGUAUGAUGCAAAUCACACAUGAAAACAUCUACCUGUGGGACAUUCACAACCCUCGCACCAAGCUAGUAACCUGGCCGCUCUGCUCGCUUAGACGCUAUGGGCGGGAUGCUACGCGCUUCACCUUCGAGGCUGGCAGGAUGUGUGACAGCGGGGAGGGCCUGUACACUUUCCAGACACGGGAAGGAGAGCAGAUCUACCAAAGGGUUCAUUCUUCCACUCUAGCUAUAGCUGAACAACAUAAGAGAGUCCUCAUGGAAAUGGAAAAAAACAGCAAGCUUUUAUCCAAGGGUUCAGAGGGGACGUCCUACCCCUGCACCCCCACAGCAAUCUUACCACGAAGUGCUUUCUGGCACCACAUCACCGGAUCACAGGCUGGAGUAGACACUGCCAACGGUGACAUGAACUGUGACAUCUACGGUGACACUCAACCAGGGGUGGACACAGACCUCUUCUCUAAACACCUUCCUCCAGAACGACACUCCACCCUUCCCGUGGGCCACGGCUGCCCCCAACCCCCAACGCACUAUCCCACGUACCCCAGCGAGUGAGCGGCUUUUAGCAGCGAUGAAACCUUCCGUUUUUCACUUCUUGACCUCCCUCCACACUGCACUCUGCCCUAAGUUUUUCCAUCAGCUCUUCUUCAGCAAAAGAAGAUCCACGCUGCCAUGCUGCCUCGGUUCCCCCUGAGCCUGCCAGCGAUGCUGAGGGCGCUUUCUGUGGAAUGAGGGAAUGCACUGUGAAGCUUAGUGUGCUUCGAUCGGAGCAGGGCUCACAGACCCUUUAAAACUGACAUGAGAGAUGUUGGGUCGCCUUCACAGUGCAAUACGGUCACUCUUGCUGGGUUUCUGUGGAAGUAGAGACUGUAGGUUCUUCUCAGUAGUUUCUCUUACUCGAACUCUAAUCUCAUGCACGCUUUUCAACCCUAUGCAUGUCCCCCAACAGUUUAGCUACAGAGGGGUUUCUUGGUCUCCUGUAGAAGCCCCAACACAAGAGGGUGUCCGACUAAGCGGCCCGGAGGAAGGGCUGUCAGUUUCUUCUUAAACACUUCUGCUCUUCAGUACGAGUAAUCCAAAGCGUGCUUUGAUCAGAUGCUUUAAUCAUCGUUUGAUUGGCAUAUCUGUAAGACUUCACGAGCCCUGAGGACUUUGAGGAACCAGGAGCACUUUCUGAAAGUGGCAUUUCGUAUGGUUGUGUCUUUGUUUCUCCUUUUCCCUUUCUUUGAAGUGACUUAAAUGGACAGUUCUGAUGUACACAACUGUCUGUCCAGUCUCUCUGUCGUGUAAUGAAGAAAGCCAUUUGGACAGAGGUGAGGUGUGCUUCGUGCUCUCGUUGAUCUUUUUGGUAGAGACGGAGUCACCGUUUUAUCUGGAAGAUGUCCUGAGGUUCAAGAUUAUGAUUAUACCCAGCUGAGACGGUCUAAGGAAUUAUUUAUUUAUUUAUUGAAGAUUACCAACUAAGCACAAGACAAAUUGCAGUGUAUCGUAGUACGUUUCCUUUUAGCAGCUCAGCAAUUCUGUAUGUAAAAGGUUUUUUGCUAGCACUGUAAAAGAGGAGGAGAAAAACAUCUUAAAUAAGGUGGUAGGCCUCACAUGAGACAUGUUUCUGGUUUUGCUUGUCAACUAUCAGUAAUUUCCAUGAAAUUAAGGGUAUCAUAAUUGCUUUUAUUUCUCAGCAGGCAUUUAUAUUAUGUGGCUGCAUCAUGUGUUCAAUCUGUUCCUGUUUUUCUUAUGCUGUAACUCUCAGUUUGAGACUCUCUGUAUGUUGGAGCGGUUAGUGCAGCUGGGUUACUCAUUGUAGUUUGAUCAAUCUGAUCGACCAGGAAAUUAAAGUUGGUUAACCAAGACAGUCCUGCUGGUUAAGCAUUUUCAGCAGGGCCCUAAUUGUUUAACCAUCACUCGCUGUACUCUCUCUACUAUCCAUAUAAAUACAAGUGUCAGAAAGGCCAAAAAUAAAAUAAACACACUCUUAAUAUGCUGAUUGAGCUACAGUUCUAAAGGUUUGACUGCUUGUUGCUUCAUUUUCUACAUAAAUAGACAUUCAGUGCUGGGAUUUAUUAACUCACUUUAUGUGUGUUUCAUUAAAAGGGCUUGAGCUGAUCUGAUUGUCAUGAUUGAUAAGAAUUUUUUUUUUUUUCAGGUUUUCUUGCAGACAGUUAAAAAAAAAAUAAUGUCACUAUACAUUUCAAUGGCUAUUCAAAGAUAGGUACCUUUCAUUUAAACUUUUUUUUUUUUUUUUUUUUUUAUUUCCCAUGUGUUAUUUUCAGUUACUAAUUUAGUAAUGUAGCUCACUACACUAAAGUAUGCCCACAUAGAUGAAUGUCCACUGCUGUUGCGAGUUUAGUGUUAGAUUUUAUUUGUUAAAGAAAUCAGUAUGGGAUCUAUGACAUUGAUGUGACAGCAAAGCUAAAAAUUCAGAUGUUCCGUCACAUGAAUAAAUUAUAUUUCAGAAACUCAAAAAAGAGUUGUAAUAUUUCAAUUGUAGUAAUAUUUAACCAUAUCACUCUUUUUGCUGUAUUUUGAUCAAUAAAUGCAUCCUUGUGGAGGA